GACGUUAUUGCAGUCGUCACAGUUAAGUGUUCUUAAUCUGUGCGUCCAUGUACACAUAUAUGUCCUUUAUUACACUCUAUUAAAUAGAGUAAACAUUGUUAAUAACUGUUUGCAUCCGGUUAUAUUAGUCUGAGCGCACAUUGAUGCUUCUCGAGCUAGCUUAGCGUGCUAGUUAGCUUAGCUUGUUAGCUGCUAACAAAGAGAGGCGGAAGUGAUGAAAACACAUCGCUAAGCAGAGAUCAAGUGUGAGUGUAAAGUGUUGUGAUUGUGUGAAAAUGUGCGAAAGAACGAUAGCAGAGUACGAGGAGGAACUUUGUCCAACAAAAGAGGAGAAGGAGCGACAACAACAAAAACAUCAAGUUGUGUUACACAGAACAGACGUCUGUGAAGAACAUUUUCACCCUGAGCAACAGAAGUGGAGCUUCAGGAUGCGGACGGAGGAGCCACAGCCCUCCCACAUUAAGAAGGAAAAUGAAUGCCCAUUGAUCCACCAUUUUAAAAAGGAAGAGGAGGACCCACUGAUCCCUCACAUUAAAGAGGAAGAGGAGAACCCACUGACACCCCAUUUUAAAGAGGAAGAGAAGGACCCACUGACCCCUCACAUUAAAGAGGAAGAGGAGGAACACAGCAUCAGCCAGCAGGGAGAUCAUCUUGAAGGACUGGAGGAGGUUGAUGUCACCAAGAUGCCAGUGACUGGUGUCCCUGUGAAGAGUGAAGGUGAUGAGGUCAAAGGUGAGAGUGAGGAGAAGAGAGAGGCGGAGCCUCCAAGCAGCAGCUCAACUCAACACAUGACAACAGAAGCUGAUGGAGACCACUGUGGAGGAUCACAAGCAGACAAGCUCUUAGCUCCACUAUCAGAUAGUGAGGACACAACGUCACACUCUCCUGACACUGAUGAUGAAGACUCUAAAGAUGAUAAGACAUGUCACACUGACAACACACACUUCUCAUGUUCUCACUGUGACAAAACUUUUAAAACUCCUAGUAAAUUGAAAAGACACAUGAGAACACACACUGGAGAAAAACCUUUUUCGUGUUCAAUCUGCGGUAAAGAUUUUACUCAUAAGCACGAUUUGAAAAGACACAUGGGAAUACACACUGGAGAAAAACCUUUUACCUGCUCAGAAUGCGGUAAAGAUUUUAGUCUAAAACGAGUGCUGAUAGAACAUAUGAGAAUACACACUGGAGAAAAACCUUUUACCUGCUCAGAAUGCAGUAGAGAUUUUAGACUAAAACAAAUGCUGAAAGAACACAUGAGAAUACACACUGGAGAAAAACCAUUCAUGUGCUCAAUUUGUAGUAAAGGUUUCCCCCAGAAGGGAAAUCUGAUACGACACACAAAAACACACACUGGAGAAAAACCUUUUUCAUGUUCAAUCUGUGGUAAAGAUUUUAUUCAAAGGGAACAUUUCAAAGCACACAUGAGAAGACACACUGGGGAAAGACCUUUUUCAUGUUCAAUCUGCGGUACAGAUUUUACACGAAGGGAACAUUUCAAAGAACACAUGAUAAUACACACUGGAGAAAAACCUUUUACCUGCUCAGAAUGUGGUAACGCUUUUGGACGAAGAAGCAGUUUGAAAGCACACAUGAGAAUACACACUGGAGAAAAAAAAAAUUCUUGUUCAAUCUGCGGGAAAGGUUUUGUAAGAAGUCAGUGUUUAAAAGAACACAUGAGAACACACACUGGAGAAAAACCUUUUUCCUGCUUAGAAUGUGGUAAAGCUUUUAUACGAAGAAGCCUUAUGAAAGUACACAUGAGAAUACACACUGGAGAAAAACCUUUUUCCUGCUCAAAAUGUGGUAAAAGUUUUAUAAUAAGUCAAAGUUUAAAAAAUCACAUGAGAACGCACUCUGGUAAAAAACCAUAUUCCUGUUCAAGCUGCUACAAAAGCUUUCGUCACAUAGACACUCUUACAGCACACAUGAGAAGACACACAGGAGAGAAAGUGUUGAGUUGCAGUGUGUGUGGUGAAAGAUUCUCUUCUAUGUACCAGUGUAAGAAACACAAGUGUGCUGGUGAGAACAGCAGCAGCAAAUGAAGAUGCAGGAUUUGAAAUAAACUGUCAAAACUUAACGUUGACCUUCUAACAAAAUCAGCACAUAGAUUCUAACAUUUAUAGAUUAGAUAUUUUAGAUUAUUGCUUUUAUCAGUCAAGUACAUGUUUUAAUAUACAACAUUGUGUACUUUUAUUUAAAAAUGAACACAACACUUUGACUGUAAAGGUGAGAAUAAAAAAAUGUGUUACAAAUACAUUUUAUGUGUGUAGAGAUAUUUAGAAAUUAUUUUGAAUGUUUAAUGAUGUUAUAGAUGAACUCCUUUAUAUGAUGUACAUUUUUGUUUUACAUGUGUUCAUACCUUUGCUUUUGAGUACACAUAAAUCCCUCUUAGUUCAUAUUUACUGGUUCACAUCUGAAACAUCUUCUGGACCACUUCUGGAAGCGUAUUAUUAUUUACUUUAUACAUUAUUUGAGCAGUUGUGUUUUAUACAAGAUAAUUUACUUUUAAAAUGUGUGACUUUAUGAAUCAUUUGUUGGGUCUCAAUAAUCUAAUUCUAUUAAUUAUCUUUAUUACUUUUUUUUGUAAUAUGAAUAUUGUUUUAUAUGUAUGUCCCUUCAUGUAAUAUGUAGAUUAGAGAAAAUGGCAACAAUAUAUGUGGAAGGUUAU